AUGGCCACCACAAACGUUGAUCCCGCAUUGAAGACUCUCAGUGAGCUCUACAAUACCAUGGACAAGGACAGUCUCGAGACGCAAAUGAUCUAUGUUUCGCAGACCCUGAUGCCGAGGCUUAUCAAGACACUGCCUCCUCAAAUGAAAAUAUCAGAAAAGACGUCGACUCCUGUAACAUUUCUGGACAAUGCUUGUGGUAGUGGUGUUUUGACAGACGCUGUUCAGAAGACACUGUCCAAGAAUGUUCUCGACAAGAGCACUUUUAUUAGUGCAGAUGCUGCGGACGGGAUGAUCGCUAUUGCAAAGAAGCGACUUGGGCCCGAAGGUUGGGUAAAUACGGAAAUCAAGAAGCUGGAUGCGACAAAUACUCAACUGGCGGAAAAUUCGUUCACGCAUGUCGGUAUCGGUCUCGCACUUCAUCUUAUCCCUAAACCAGAUGCUGUGUUGGCUGACUGCAAGCGCAUCCUCAAACCAGGCGGUAUCUUUGGCGCAACAACAUUCCACAAAGAGAACAGCUUUUGGGUUCCAGACAUGAGAUCAGCAUUUGCAUCAUUUCCCUUUGAAGCGCCCAUGCCAGACGUUAUGCCUACGCAGGUACACGAUCAAGGCGAAUGGACGAACCCGGCGUGGAUAGAAUCACACUUGAAGGAGCAAGGAUUCCAAGAUGUUCAGGUCACUGUUGAUCACGACAAGUACUUUUUGAGGAAUGCUGAGGAGUACAUGCUGCAGUGCGGUAUGAUGCUGGGAUGGGUGAUGAAUACCUGGUGGAGUGAAGAAGUGAGGAGGGAGCAUCCGUUGGACGAGGUGAAGGAGUUGUUGAGGAGGUAUUUGGAGGAGAAGUAUGAUGGGAAGGGUUGGUAUAUUGAGUUUAAGGUGAUUUGCAUGACUGGAAGAGUCGAGUAG